GAGCAUACCUGCACGUUACGGGCUUUUACCAAAAAUAAGUCCAUCCGUGUAAUUAAGCCUACCUUAUUGGAUAUGACGCUUCUGUGAGUGCAAAAGAUACGGCUGUAACUACAAUUUAUUCCCUGUUUGUGGUCUUGAAAUGUGUUAGUGGUUUCUGUAGGUUCUGCACUCUUGUUAUGAUAUAUUGGUGCAGUGUUCAUUCAGUGAUGUAAUGGACCAUUGAUAUGCAAAACUUAUUCACAGAAAACUAUAAGAAGGACCUCAAAAGCUGCUCCGCUUGGUGUUAAUGGGCUAGCAGGAUAGUACCCAUACAUCGUUGACAUAUUGCUGCUCGGACAGACGGUCACUCCCUACCAGCCGCACCACAUUCACGAAUACGCAACUACAACAUCCAUCCUAAAAUUUGAUAUCGCAACCUUUUUACUAACACCCCCAAUUCCGUCUAUAGUCAGCAGUUUCUAUAUCGCAGGCACAUACGCCACCCACCAUAGCGUGAGCAGCCACAAGCCAGGUGGACCUUCUGGGAUGGGUUGGUUGUGGGUUAAAUAAUGAGCCUCAAGGUGCUUGUGUGAGACAUAAAGGUUAUUACGCAAGCAGCAGCCGUAGAGGACAUCAACCUGGUAACCCAGGCUCAUUUCGGAAGGCCACCGACCUCUUAUCUGCGCCUGAUCUUGAGCUGAGGACCAAUAUGACACUGAAACCUGAAGGCGAAGUAAGGCAGACGCGUGUCGUUAGCGCAUACAUGUAAGCAAAGAUACUCAAAACGCAAAGCAAUUCCUUAUGGAUUAUGAGGUGAGCGGCCCUAAAAUGAUCCUCUACAGCGGCGUAUGUUUUCUACUGUUUGAGCCGUUUUCACCACGAUCGUCGUACCUGCAUAUGGCGGAUGGCAUUAAUUCGUUGAACGAAUGGCAGUUAUGGCAAUUUCUUUAAAUGUCACGCUGGUUGGUGACUACGGCGGUAGUAAAGCCGGUUUCUUGAGCUCGUUUGGCAUAAGGCGCUGGUUCGAAUUUAGAGUUUUGUGCGAGAGGUUUAUUUGGAAGUAAGCUGUGAUGGAUAAAUGGAAAAUUAUAAAUUGAGAAGCUAUUCUCUAUAAUGCCGAGGACACAUGGAGGCUGCGCAUCGACUAGGCCGGGUGCACGUAUCGCACGGCGUUCGUGGUACUAAAGCCCGAAAGGCGCCAAAGCCGGAAAGAAAUGAAGCACACUAGAAUGACUACCAGCCUAGAAAAUACAUUACGUUCAUUCUCUUCAAGUGCUCUUACUUAUUUCGUCGAUUCUUACUAUAAUGUGAUGUUUGGUACUGUAUUUGAAACGUGAAGACAACUGAUGGCUUAAUUCUCAACACGGGGGAAGCAAAUCUGGUUCUACUGCCGCUGGGAACUCGGGGCCUCACCGUAUUUCACGCACCUAGGUGGCGUACACUAGAGUUAAUGCUAUUGCUAAAGUCACAAAUGUCAGAUCAGAUUAUCCUCCGCUCGGUCAGGAUGCCUAGUACCAGUUACGAUGAGCCUUCUCGAAGAUCGAAUCUCCCCUGUACGCUGCGCGUCCGACGCAUCGAGUGGUCUAAAUAGCGCAGACGAACGUCUGGUCCCGCAGCUCCAACAGCGCCAUACUUCUCGGUUUGCAGCUAUGGCCAGCGAAGGCAAGACCAAGGUUCAACGCACGCGUCGCAUACGGGCCAAUGACCGUGAACGCAACAGGAUGCACAACCUCAACGACGCCCUCGACCGACUACGUCAGGUUUUGCCAGCUUCGACACACGAGUCCAAACUGACAAAGAUCGAAACCCUUCGCUUCGCCCACAACUACAUCUACGCACUGGCGGAAACCCUGGCGAUGCUUGACGGUAGAUCGGAUCACUUCGAUCCGAUUCUUGCAGCGGUCGCACUGCAAGGCUCACAAAGCAGCACCUGUGAUCCUACACUGAAACACGCGAUUAGGCGAAAAAUCGCCCGUACGCUCAACUUACGUGACACACGCCUAGCGAACCUCAAGGACGAUAAUGAUGGUAGUGAUAAUAUAUCAUCGUUCCUUCACGAUUUAGCCGGAAGCUUGGUAGAUAAUGCCACAUCGAGUCCAUAUGAGGAGCGUCCAGUUAGCGUCGACAACUUCGAAGAUCAGAGCUCUCCACCUGUUGCUUUCCGAUCUGAUUCACAAUUUCAUAGUCCACAGGCGAGCAGUAACGUUAGCAAAAAUAACACCUACAACAUGUUAUGUGAGCCGGCUCUGCAAAUCUAGUGUAUUUUUUUAACAAACAAAACAGAGCAGUAAUAUAAGUAACAGAAAUGUGCAAUAAGGUCUCGGUUAUAGUGAACUUGUAAUGUAAACCAACUGCAACGUCUAAAGAAACAUUGUAAUCUCGAAAUAAGCCAGAUCAACUCGAUUAUUUGUCAUUUUAGUCUUGUGUUAUUAACUAGAAUUGAGCAGAACCUUUCGAAAGAACGAAGCCACUUUUUGAAUAUGUGCCUAUAUAUGUAUCGCUACAUGAGGAUA